GUAACUUUAGUGCAUUCCUAUCCACGAUAUUCCCGGCAGUCAGUAUCUCGGCCUCUCCCGCCUUCCCUAGCCUCCCUUACUAUUGGGUUGGAUUAUCACAUCCACCCUCACAUGAACGACCGAUCCUACUCUGUUCUCACAUUUUCUGUACGUCCUGUCACGCGCAGAUCGAUUCUCUUCAGAAUUUCACACCCCAAGUACAGCCUCAACUGCGAAACCAUUCGAUAGGUUAAACUAAGGCACCUACGGAUACUUACACAAGCAUCAACGGUACGCUUCCGAAACAGCGCUAGACUAGUUCGGUCCGGAAUAUUUCCUGCCUCAAAAAAAUUGUCCUGCACCGACGAUCAAGCAAACAACAGCCGGCGGCACGCGCAAUCCUCCCAAGACUAUCACACUGCACCGAAUAGCCUAUUCUGCAUCCCCAGCUCCACCUAUACGAUACUAUUUCAGAGCAAUCCACCGUAAUCACCGACGAUGAAGAGCAAGCGCGCAAGAGAGGCCGCCGAGGUCGACGAUAAGCCCAUUGCUUCUGUUGAUUCUGAGGCCCCAGCCAAGAAGCGCAGGCGCAGCGAGGAUGACGGUGCCGAUGUAAAGAAGGCCAAGAAGGAGAAGAGAGACAAGAAGUACAAGAAGGAAUCGCGCAAGGAGCGCAAAGAGAAGCGCAAGAACCUCCAGGACCUCCCCGAGCAGGACGAUGACGAAGAGGCGGCCGAGGAUGCUCCAAUGGCUGAAGCUGAUGACAAACCUGCGGAUGCGCCAGUAGAGGCAGAUAAGCCUGCGAAGAAGGACAAGAAGAAGAAGGACAAGAAGGCCAAAACAGACGAGCCACAACAAAAGGACGACGCCAGCGCCGAUGCCGAACCCAAGGAGGAACCAAAGAAGAGCAAGAAGGACAAGAAGAAGCAAAACAAGGCCUCCGAAAAAACGACCACCAACGAUGAAUCUGCUGCCGGCGCCGAUGCAGAGGCUGCUGAUGGCAAAGGAGACCGUCACAUUGUCUUCGUCGGCAACCUGCCCUUCACCGCCACUGCCGAAACAAUCAAAGCCCACUUUGCCUCUCUCAACCCAGUGUCAGUUCGCUGCAUGAGCGAUCCCAAGGAUAGCAAGCCCUGCCGUGGCUUUGCCUUUGUCGAGUUCGAGAAGGUCUGGCAUAUGCGAACAUGUCUCGACAAGUUCCACCACUCCGAGUUCUCAGAUGGUGUUUCUUAUCCCCGCCGCAUAAAUGUCGAGUUGACUGCCGGUGGAGGUGGCAAGACAAAACAGCGCCAGGACAAGAUCAAGGAGAAGAACCGCAAGCUCGACGAGAACCGCGCCAAGCGUAUUGAGCGUGAGAGGAUGGCAAAGGAAGAGAACAAGGGCAAGGGUGACACUCGCAAAGCUGGAGAGGAUGGUAUUCAUCCCAGCCGACGUGCCCACAUUCCUGGCAACCGCUGGUAGAAACAGCUUACCAGGCCUCGAGCCAAGGGUGUGAAGCUCUAGAAGGAGUAGGUUUGUGAGGGUCUCUGAAUUUGUUUUAAUGAUGUACUGGGAUCGGAUACACAAAAGUUGAUUGUGCAUUUAUAUGAUAGUGAGAGAUACCCAAAGGAAGUGGAUCCUUGACCUCACGAAGAAGAGCAUAGAAUAGACAAUGAAUUAUAUUUCUACAUCCACAACUCCAUUCGACUUAUUUUGAGAUAUUUCUGCUUCGGGUGAAGGGCCUAUAUAAGCAGACUGUUGAUCCUAUAUAUCAACAAGUGUAGACUGUAGGUUCUUUUCUGUUUACGCUCCAAUUUAAGUGAACGUAUACUCUAUUGGGAGCUCUAACAAGCAAUGCGAUUUCUUUCGCCCAUAGCGACAUACCAAAGAGACCAAUUCAUAAUCAAGACUGACAAAUUGACCGCUGCUGGAAGGAAUUCAACGACUAUACAUCGCAAAAACGACUUGCCAAACUGCAAGUCUCGGGAUAGUGAAUGCCAAAUACGAGACAUGAUAACCAUGUUCAUUCAAUAUACCUCCACAGGUAAAACGGACACUUGUCGAAGAAAAUAUCACAAAACAAUCGC